GCCAUGCUUACAGAAAGUGUGAGGUGAACGGUUCCUGGGUGUUUAUGGAGAGCUUGAACAGAACUUGGGCAAACUACUCUGAGUGCCUAGGCUUCCUCCAGCCAAUUGACGAGGAAGGGAAGCACAACUUCUUUGAGAGGCUUUACAUCAUGUAUACCAUUGGCUAUGCUGUGUCCUUCAGCUCUCUACUGGUGGCCAUCCUCAUCAUUGGGUACUUCAGACGUCUUCACUGCACCAGAAACUACAUCCACAUGCACCUGUUUGUUUCCUUCAUGUUACGGGCGGUCAGCAUAUUUGUAAAGGACAAGGUGGUCCAUGCCAGUGCCGGUUUGCAGGACUUUGAUUCUACUCUGAUGGACAACUUCAAAAGUGUUAGCAUGGCACCGCUGGACAAGUCUCAGUAUAUUGGCUGCAAGGUGACGGUGCUGCUGUUCAUCUACUUCCUGGCUACUAACUACUACUGGAUCCUGGUGGAGGGGCUCUACCUUCACAGCCUUAUUUUCAUGGCCUUCCUCUCAGACUCUAAAUACCUGUGGGGAUUCACCCUCAUUGGAUGGGGUGUUCCAGCUCUCUUUGUGUCUGCAUGGGCUGUUGUCAGGGCUACACUGGCAGAUGCGAGGUGUUGGGAGUUGAGUGCAGGUAAUAUUAAGUGGAUCUACCAGGUCCCCAUUCUGACAGCCAUCGGGCUCAACUUUAUCUUGUUCGUGAAUAUUGUGCGAGUGUUGGCCACCAAGAUCAGAGAGACGAAUGCAGGAAGAUACGACACCAGGAAACAGUACAGGAAGCUUGCCAAGUCCACCUUUGUGCUGGUUCUGGUGUUCGGGGUCCACUACAUCAUCUUUGUGGGAUUGCCACACACAUUCAAAGGACCAAGCUGGGAGGUCCGCAUGUAUUGCGAACUCUUCUUUAACUCUUUCCAGGGCUUCUUUGUAUCUAUCAUAUACUGCUACUGCAAUGGAGAGGUCCAAUCAGAAAUAAAGAAAACAUGGACUCGAUGGAACCUGGCAUUUGACUGGAAGGGCACGGUGGUCUGCGGUCACUUCCAUUAUGGUUCUGUCCUCACUGGUCUGAACAACAACAGCACCAGCAACCAAUCCCAUUUAGCAGGCGGUGGGGUAGCCACCCGCUCCACCACGCUCAUCUCCAGCCGUGUCUACAGGAGCUCAGUCACAGCCAUGGUCAACACACACCCCACCCUGCCUGGAUAUGUGAUUUGUAACUCAGACCCCGACAGUCUCCACCCUUCCAUACCAGAGGAACUGGAGGAUAGUGGACCCAAGCAAGUGGAUGACAUUUCCCUCAAGGAAACUCUGCCUGUUCUCAACACCAGUACCACGGCAGAAGAGGAUGAGGAAACACUGUAGAGGUUCUUAUAGCACUAGGC